CAACACGCUCUCACACGCUUCCAUAUUUGUACAAUCCACCAUUGACAUAAAUUCCAAGUUUCGGCUCUUAACUUGUUUCAUCGAUGUCUGUAUAAGCAAACGCGAAUAUUGACGAAAAAAUUUAACAACUUUUUUAGCUAAUUAUACCAAUACACGCGUAAAUAUGGACGAAAAGACGGAGCCGACGGAGCCGACGGAGCUGACUGCGGAACCGACUGUGGAAUUGUCGGACGCAAAAAAAACGUACGUAUGGAAAGCGAAAUUGGCGCUUGAAGCGUACCGAUUCGACGACAUGGCCAAAUUCAUGGGAUUGGUCGUAAGGACGGGCUUACCGAUGACCAAGGACGAGGACAACAUGUUGGCCGUAGCAUACAAGCGGACGCUGGACGCCAAGCGCAUGUCCAGGCAAACGCUGAUGACGAUUAUCGAACGGUCGGACGAUCGGUGGAAGGUGGACGUGGCCCGCCAGUAUCGGGACGAGGUGGGUAAAGAGCUCCGAGCCCAGUGCAAUGAGAUGCUGUCCGUCAUCAACAGUCGGCUGUCGAGCUCUAAACCCUCUGGGGUGUCCACUUUGGACCCAGCUACCAACGUGUUCUACUGGAAGCUGUAUGGCGACUAUAACCGUUACGCAGCCGAAGUCGCUGUGGACACGGCCGAUCGGGACCAGGUGGUAGACCAAUCGCGGACCGCCUACGAACUAGCGGACGAGCUGGGGCGACAUGCCCUGCAGCCUAUCGAUCCCAUUCGAUUAGGACUGAUGCUCAAUUAUUCCGUGUUCUUGUACCAGGUGUGCAACGAACGUAAACGCGGGCACGACGUCGCGAAACGAGCGUUCGACGAUGCUGUGGCCGAACUAGAUUCAAUUGACCACACGAGCGACGAUAUUACUCUUAUACUGAGGCUCAUCCGUGACAACCUCGGUAUAUGGAUCAACGAAAACGGUGGCUCUUCAUUUGAUACGACCGAAGUUUCGGCUAUGACGUCGCCGUCAUCGUGACGAUAAAUUGUCGAAUAUGAUACUCGCAUCACCAAUUAUAACUUAAUCGUUAAAUUACCUACUGAAUUGUUUUAUUCUUCUAACUAAACCGUAGUUUACAGCACACCGCAAUAUCGUACAAGGUAGGUGCCGAGACGAGUUAGGGAUUGCAAAAUAUUAAACUACCGCUUUAUUGACCGAUGAAAUAUAAACCACGAGACCGGACCGUUUUGAAAUAUUUAAAGACCCGACCGAACCGCGAAUAGGGUUUUUUUUAUCGUCUGAAGAUUUGCAAGUUUAUCAAACUCCAAGUUUACUAAAAAGACAUGAAAAAGCAUAUAAGUUCUACUAAACAGCCCCCAAGCUGCGCCUUUGCCUGAAAUGUUUUAUUUUUAAACUAAUGCUCAGCAUCAAAAGUAAAAUAAAAUUGAGUAGGGUAAAUUAUUAUAUUUUUAUUCAUAAAAAAGCAAUAUUGAAAAAUAAAUCUAGAAAGUAUUAUCAUCUAAAUAUCUCAUUUUAGUUGAUUUAUUAUUUAUUAUCCAUCAAC